AUGCAGGAGCCCGAAGUAGCAUCGUUUUCGCUACUCUCACCGUCGGUAAACACUGCGGAGCUUUUCCCCAUGUUCACCAUCUGCAACUGCAUUAGUGACGCGGCGGAGAGUGCAAACGGACCACGUUACUGUGCGAAAGAUAAAUACACUAAAUGCAUGUACGAGCUGCGCUGCCUUCCACUGGCACAGAAAGAACCAAGAAAGAUUGCGCCGUCAUCCACGGACCGAGGUGCACGAACAGAGGAAGACACAAAUACUAACGAUGCGUUUCUGCUUGCACAACAGGAGAGGCUGGAAGCAUUGGUGUCAGCCUCACAUCGACGCGAUUUACCGCUGUCAAUAGCUCUUCCUGUCGACGCGUACGUGCGUCAGUUGCCAUCCAGUGGAGAGCGCUUUGUCGUGUCUCUUUCAGCUUUCACCGGUUUAUCUUUAGGAGAUGUCAUACGUUCCGGCUGGCGACUCAUUGAGGAGGCUGACUUUGAGGAUAUUCUCAGCUGCGUAGAGGAGUACGGAUCUGUAUGUAUGCAGUUGCCACCUCAUUGUAACUUGAGUUUUAGUUCAAUUCUUAGGCAACUAAACGUUCGAACAGGUGCGGCGGAAACUAACCAUAGGUCUCGGUGGGUUAUUGGGGAUUGGUUACUGGCGCCACACAGCGGUGAGCAACGUCAACCUGAAGAAGUGGUCAGUGACUUGGAAUGGUUGCUUCAUUCAACCUUCUCAAAGUUAAAUGUAUUGUGUGAGGCCGAUGGUACUGUUUUGCGGGAAGAUGUACUGGAGUCUCGGAUAAACGAUACUAUUGAACGCAUUAGGUUAGGUCUGGCGACAGGCGUGUGGUGCAGAAGUCGUGCGUUGGUUGUUAAUUCCCAAAUUUAUAACUCUUCAGUUUGCAGUUCUCCGUUGGCGGCUGAGGAGGAGCCGUCUCCCCAUGUGGAGAGUACAGAUGCGCCCACCCACUUAGUUGAUUUGGUUUCCAAGCAUCAGCAAAGUCUACGGAGAGAGCAGCGGAUUAUUCAUAACAGUCGGAAGCAAAAGGUGGUUUCCGCCAGUGGGAGCGGUCUCAGAAGCAGCAGUAGUGGAAAGAGCGUGGAGGGAUUGAGUGUAAGCGUGUCUUCAGCUCGGCGCGCGAACGACCAGGACCUCGAGGACUCGGAGAGGCCCAUGUACUUUCCAGAUUUUGGGAACUCUGUUACGGCAAGUGAGGCACUUACUAAAAUUUCCCCAACUCCCGGAAGAGGAUGGCAGUCACCAGAGAUGCAAGAGAACAAACUUUGCGUUUUGACAAGGCUAGCGGAGUUGAUUGACACUGCUUCACAGCGUGAUGCUGAGAAUCGCCGAAACGAGGACGUUGCUAGCAAAAUUCACCGUGACGCACUCUAUUCUAUGCUUUUGCGGUCUUCUUUUGGUCUUGCGCGACGGUGGAAAUCAUCUAAUGGGGUAAGGUCACCAUCGUCGGGUUCGCAACCGUUACUUUCGAGCCGCUACCCCGCUGCGUCUACAAGCGCAGGUGAAAAGGCAACGCUGAAAGCGGUGCGCGGCUCUGCGGGAAAUGGUGGUCCAGCCGCUGUACCGUCGUUUAUUGAAGCGACACCGCCAUUAGCGAAGUGUUCGUCUCCGCGGACAAGGCAGGUCGUUCCGCGCUUUUCGUCCCCAACGUUCCCCAAGGAUUUACCCCCUUCACAAAAGCAGGCACCCCAUUCAGCUUCGCGAAUCGCUAGUGUUAUAAACAAUGUUUCACCAAAUAAACCGAGGCAACGGGGACAUCAGCUUAGCAAUACCGCCGUCAAUACUGUAACUAGCCACAAUACGAAUGGCGCCAACAAGCGAGUGGAGUCGUCAGUGACGCAAUCGGUAAGGACUUUCGCUACUGCAACAUCUGCGAGGGAACGUCCAUCCUUUCUUCGUCCCGUCAGGCCUGUUGCAACGCCGCGUGCAGCACCCGCAUGCAAACCUCCUGCGAUAAAUCUCAAGAAAGCAGCCUCGGGGCGGCGAACGUUCGUUCCCACACCUGCGCAAACGGCAAGAUCCAACAAACCCACUCAAAUGGGCAACUCGAGACUCAACGGGUUUGAAAGAAUCUCCGCGAACGCACCUGGUCGUGUCAGCAACUCUCGCCGGACGCGAAGUUGUGGCGGCACUGUCCGGACCCGCGUGUCUUAA